AUGUCUAAUAAAAAACAAACUUUUAACCCAAAAUUUAAACAAUGGAAAUUUAGACCUACAAUGUUAUGUUAUGGGUAUCUUUCAGAAAAUGGUAUAAUAAUAACAGAUAAUUCAAUAAUUGAUCAUUUAACAUUUAAUGGUUCAUAUGGAAAAGUUAUUGGUCAACGUAUGAAUUUUCAAACAUUAUCCUGUUUCUCGGAUGGAGAAUCAUUAAUAGGAUAUAACAGAAUUGCUUUCUAUUUGGCAGAGUGUUUAGAAUUAUUAACAAUUUAUUCUUUACAAAAUGAAAAAUUGACAACUGAUGAAUUUUGGAGUUUAUGUAUUAAUUGGGAUAAAAAUUUUUUAAUUGACUAUGCUGUAUAUAAAUUUUUUAAAGAAAAAUAUUGGGUUAUACGGACUGGACUUAAUUUUGGAUGUAAAUAUAUUUUAUAUAAAAAUUCACCUGAGAUAUGUCAUGGUAAUGCAGCUGUCUAUAUUAUGCCUAAAUCUACAUUUGAAAAAUCUGAUUUUGAAACAAAUGCAAGUAGGGCACAACAACGUCUACUAAGUAAUGUUAAAAAAGAUUUAAUUUAUUGUUAUAUUACUUUUCUUAAAAAUGACUUUAAUAUAAAUGAUAAAGAAUGUCUUAAAUUUAUUAAAGUUACUAUGAAAGGUAUAAAAGCACGAAAUUCAUGA